AUGCGCAGAGGCAGAGGGCUGGGCAGAGGCGUUUGCGGCGCGCCCUGAGCAGCUUGUCCGUUGCCUGGGUGAGAUCUGGUGGGAUCUCCCGCCACCCCGCCCGUGAGCCUGUAGAUUUCCCUGCAGGAUCCUCUCUUUGGAUGCUGCAAUGAGGCAGCGUCUGGGGGACUUUAAGGCGCUGGGCGAGGGGAGAGGGACUCCCGAGGGGCUCCCGGCGAAAAGCCACCUCCAAAUGGUAUGCCACCACUCCGAGUGCCAGCAGCUGAACCACAACAGCCCCCUCCACUUGUGCGAGACGUGUGACGGACACUUCCACAGCGCCAUGCACUUCGACGGCCACAUCCGCUUCGACUUGCAAGGUUCUGUCCUGGCACGGAAUGUCUCCACGCGGUCAUGUCCACCACGCACCAGCCCUGCUUCAGAUGUGGAGGAGGAUGACGAAGGGCUGAUGGACGGAAGAGGGGAUAAGAAAAGUUCAGCACUGAAGCUGCCCAAGAAGAAGGCCAGGAGGAGACACACGGACGAUCCUAGCAAGGAAUGUUUCACCUUGAAGUUUGAUUUGAAUGUGGACAUUGAGACUGAGAUUGUGCCAGCCAUGAAGAAGAAGUCGCUGGGUGAAGGACUGUUGCCCGUGUUUGAGAGGAAAGGCAUUGACCUGUCAAAAGUGGAUAUUUAUCUGGAUCAGUCCAACACGCCUCUCUCACUCAACUUUGAAGCCUACCGAUUUGGGGGCCACUACCUGCGGGUGAAAGCCAAACCUGGGGAUGAGCUCAAAGUGGAGCAGGCAGUGAAAGACUUCAAGUCCCUUAGCUUGCCCAUCCUGCACCCCCCCAGCACUGGAUCACCCUUCCCUUGCACCCCCUCCUUGGACCGGCUGGAACAUCUGCCCCUUCGCAGGGAGAAUACCGAUAUCCUGGCCCCUGGACGGCAGAGGAAAAACAUGAACGAAUUUUUGGGUGAAACCAGCAUUCCGAACCAGGAUCCUUUGCAACAUAUUGGCACUUCCUUAUCCAGCAACGGCAUCGAUACCUGGAAGAACCGGGCUGCCAGCCGAUUCAGUGGUUUCUUCGGUUCGGGGAACAGCGCCAGCCCCUAUGCACGGGAGAUGGACAAGAUGGAGCAGCUGGAAAGCAAACUUCACAGCUACAGCCUCUUUGGGCUCCCCAAGUUUCCGCAGCAGCUGUGUUUUGAUCAAGACUCCUGGGAAGAGGAGGACGAUGACGAUGCCUGCCUGUGCCUGGAAGACAGCUGGCAGGAGAUCAUCGAGGGCACUGAGGCUCUGACCCGCCGGCAAUGUCACCAGCAGGAGGCGAUCUGGGAGCUGCUGCACACCGAAGCCUCUUAUAUCAAGAAGUUGAAAGUCAUCACAGAUCUCUUCCUCUGCUGUCUUUUAAACCUGCAGGAAUCGGGGCUGUUGUGCGAGGUGGAUGCUGAGCGUCUCUUCAGCAACAUCCAGGAGAUCAUUCAGCUGCAUCGAGCGCUGUGGAGAAGCGUCAUGGGCCCCAUCCUGGAGAAGGCCAGGGCAAGCCGGGCCUUGCUAGACCCCAGCGACUUUUCCAAGGGCUUCAAGAUGUUCGGCUCCCUCUUCAAACCUUACAUCCGGUACUGUAUGGAAGAGGAAGGCUGUAUGGAAUACAUGCGCAACUUGCUGCGCGACAACGAACUCUUUCGAAUUUACGUCACGUGGGCCGAGAAACACAAACAGUGCAACCGGCUGAAGCUGAGCGACAUGUUGGUAAAGCCGCACCAGCGCCUCACCAAGUAUCCACUGCUGCUCAAGUCUGUGCUGAAAAAGACAGAAGAGCCCCAAAUCCGGGAAGCCAUCGUCACCAUGAUCAACUCAGUGGAACGCUUCAUCAACCACGUCAACUCGCGCAUGCGCCAACGCCAGGAGCAACAGCGCCUGGCUACCAUCGUCAGCCGCAUCGAUGCCUACGAGGUUGUGGAAGGCAGCACCGAUGAAGUGGACAAGAUCUUGAAGGAAUUCUUGCGUCUGGACCUGACAGCCCCCAUCCUGGGGACGUCGCCUGAGGAGACACGCCAACUUCUGUUGGAAGGCAGCCUUAAAAUGAAAGAAGGCAAAGACAGCAAGAUGGAUGUCUACUGCUUCCUCUUCACGGAUCUCUUCCUCAUCACCAAGCCGGUGAAGAAGGCCGAACGGACAAAGGUUAUCCGCCAGCCGUUGCUUGUUGAUAGGGUGGUGUGCCGUGACCUCAAGGAUCCUGGUUCCUUCCUGCUGAUCUAUCUCAAUGAGUUCCAGAGUGCCGUGUGCGCCUACACCUUCCAGGCCAGUGGGCAGUCUUUGUGCCGAAGCUGGAUUGAAGCGCUUUACAAUGCCCAGAACUUGCUUCAACGCCUCCGUCUCCAGGAGCACCAGCGUAGCCAGCAGCAGCUGCAGAGCCUGGAGGAGGAGGAGGAGGAAGAGGAAGGCGAGAGUGGCACUUCUGAGGCCAGUUCCCCCACGAUCCUUCGGAAGAGCACCAAUAGCUUGGACUCGCAGCAGUGCCUCUCCGACGGCUCCACUGAGACCAUCUCAGUUGUUGUGGUCGACGCCAGUGAGGGACCCCCUUCUCCCGAUUUUGAGAUCGGCCCCUUCAGCUCGCAGUCAGACGAGGCCUCCAUCAGCACCGUAGCUUCCUCCACCACCCCUACCAUAGAGCUGUGUGAGGCCCUCCCUGCCAGCGCCCCCCACUGCCUGAAACCGGAGCCGGGCACCUGCCGCUCAGCAUCCAUCGACAGUGCCUACGGAACCCUUUCGCCCACCUCGCUCCAGGAGUUUGCAGAACAGCAGCAACGGCAGCAGCAGGAGACCGCGGAGGAGGAGGAGGAGGACGGUGUCGCCACCCCCUUGCAGCGAGCCGGCUCCCCGAAGCUGCGCCGACGGACCCCUGUGCAGCUGCUCCCCUCGAAGACCAAGGUGCUGAAAUCCAAGUCCGAGGCCAACCUCUUGCAGCUCUCCCCAUCCUUCCUGGCGCUGCAGCUGACUCAGAGUAAAAGCCUCUCCGAACUUUGCCCAGAUGUAUACCUCUUGGGCUCCCCGAGGACUAGCAAAUCCCGAAGCCGGCGUGGCAGCAAAGGGGCCGGUGCGGGUACCAGCAGCAGCAGCAACAGCAGCGCCUCGGAGCUCUCCGAGGCAGAGGAGUUGUCCUUGCCUGGGGUCCGUGUUUCUCCAGAGCUGGCCACCACCUCUGAAGGGAUGCCACAGCCGCCUUACCAGCUAGCUAGCGAGCACCAAGGGGAGGAACUGACCGCUGCCUGCCAGACUCUUUCGGAUCCACAGGCAAUCCAGCACCGUAAGCUGACGCUGGCGCAGUUGUACCGCAUCCGCACUACGUUGCUGCUCAAUUCCACGCUCACAGCCUCGGAGGUAUGAAUGUGUCGGAGGAAGCGAGAAGAGACGAGAGAUGACGGUGCCAGCACCCAGAUUUCCACGUUGUCUUUAAAUUACGUAGCAUCGCAAGCCUUGGGCGUCGGAAACAUUCAUCUGCCUGCUCCUUGUGCACCAGGCAGCACAGCAGCAGCAUGGGCACGAGGAAAAGGUGCACCGCCUCACAAGUGCAGCGUCUGUGUCUGCACAGGGGACCUUGGGGAAGCAUGCACAUCCAUGCGGGCAGUGUGUGUAUGUGUGUGCAUAUAUGUACAGGGUCUGUGUGUCUGUGGCAGUUGUGCACAUUGUGGCUCAGGUGUGAAUGUACAGGAUCAUGGAGGCGAGAGAGGUCCGUGCCCAGCAGUGGCUCUAGCAGAAGGCAAAGUCUUCCAGGACUCCGUCUUUGCACUUUGUGGAGCCUUUUGAUGCUUCAUCGGGACUGACAAUGAGGACUUCCUAGGCUGGGAGGUGUGUGGGGGGGUCUUUCUGAAAUGAUGCACUUUGGAAUGCUAACUCAUUCAGCCUCCAGAUGAGCAACUUAGGGCAGAAAACCCCAAUUGUUCUCCUCCCCCAAUUAACACGGGACAUGAUACCUCCUAUACAGUGAACGAUGGUAGUUCCAGAGCGCUUCCAUGCCCCUCCAAGUGAGAUCCACCUGCCUUCUGUUCAGAGGAGACCCCAGUUCUUCUACUUGGGGUGAUCCCCUCUCGUGGCUGGGCCAUUAAAAAUAGCAGUUGAAGGAGGAAAACCUAUCAGGAUGGAUUUCAGAGCAAGCCUGCCCUUUUCUGCAGCUAAGGCUCGGGGGCAUCUACCGCUAUGUCUGUGCAGUUGAACGGGCUGUCUGUACCAAGCAGAGGGCCUUGACCAUUGGGGUUGUCUUCCACCUUCGAGUUGCAGCCAGCAUGGCCCCAGUCUCCAGUCUUCUGCAACCUGACUUGGCAGCAAAAUUAUUCAAAGGGCUUAACUUGGGCUGCUGGGCCAUCCCUGUCUUGCAGAGGCUGCACGAGCAGCAGGUGUGUUUGUCUCCAUGUGGGUGGGGAUUGUAAACAAAACAGAUGAGGCAGUGGAGGAGUAGGAAAUUACCAGGGACCAAGAGCAAGCCGAGCUGCUCUUGUGGCUUGCAGCAUCUCCUCACACAUUGCCAUCUCCUGCAUAUGGUGAGAUGACACCCACAGUGGCCACCACUAAAAGGUCCCUGUGUUGCUGGUAGAACUACUGGAUUGUGGCUUAGGUUGCUUCAUCGGGACUGCUAGAGAAGCAACCCUUUGGGGAACUUUAAGUUAAGUGGCCAGUCUGCCCUGGGAUGGUCCACCUGCAGCCCCAGUUGGGCCUUGGGUCUGUGUUUCCAAGGUCUCCAGCACCUUCCUCAGACCUGUACAGAACUGCUGCUCUCCAUACCGUCGGCACAUCGUAUGCUUCAGCAAUGUGUCACGCUGGAGCAUCUUGAUCCUGCUGAGGUUAGCUGCUAUGGAGUAGAGGGAAUCAGGAUGUUGGGAAAGAGGAGUGGGGGAUGGUCUGGUCAUGCCAGGAGACAGGAACUCUAGGGUGGGAAAAGAGGAGCUGGUGGAGCACCGCAAGGCUGCCUGCCGGCUGAGGAGAUGGGUUCAGGAAGGUUAUUUACAGGUCAAUAAAUUGGGGAUUGGUGGCCAGUAUACAGUGGGGGAGCCAGCAGAGACAGGGGUGAAACCCGGGGACAGGUGCCAGGAGGUGAUCCACGCAGCAGGGAAAUAGAGGACCAUGGAAUGAGGGCGGUGUUGCAGAGGGUCCUGAGAUUGGUGACGAUUUCCAAAAGCACCCAUGUGAUCAGUCAUCACAAUGAAUCUGAGUUGGGUGAGCAGGAUAAGAGGAAAGUCUGUCUUCUUCCAUGCUUGGGAAGCACUGCUAAGAAAUCGCCCCUUCUUGCUUGGACUUCAAACCCUUCUACUCUGAGGGUGCUUUGCCCUUCGGGCAGUUGAGAGGAUCCAUCCCCUCCUUCCGGCAAUCGGACAUGUUUGUACCGGAAUUGCUAUGGGAUCGGAGACCCUCAUCCGACCUAGACCUGCUUGCUUCGCCUUCCAGGGUGGAAACAAAGACCCCUCUUGCUUAUCGAGGAGGGAACUCCAGAGCUGUGAUCAAUCAGUUAGCUGGUGUGGGUGGCUUUACAGCAGGCCUGUGAGAAGGAAGAGAGAUGUUCUCAAGGGGCUCCCACCCCAUCUAGUUUACCAUGAAAAGUUAGCCGGCUGGUGUAUUUUUGUGUCGAAAGGUGAAUAUUUAUUAACUCUGAACCGCAUCCCCUAAUGUGUAUUCUCUCACUGGGGAGAUGAAGUAUUAAUAGUCCUUUUUAUCACUUUUGUGUAUUGAUGUUUGCCCCCCCUCCCCCCAGAUCUGCCCUCCUGGCAGGGGAGGAUUUAUUGGGUUCUUCAGUCCAUCUAAUGCUAACAUUCCUGCCCUGUGCUGUCAGCAUCAUGGACAAACCAUUAAAUAUAGACCAGAUCACCCAA